CAAGUCGAAACGCCAUAAGCUCUAUAUAAUAAUUAUUAUUCAUGUGUUUUGUCAGCAAUUUUUAUUUUCCUGCGGUUUUCAACUAAACAGUUUCGCGUUUAUUUUGCUGCCGUUUUGCGAGUUUUCUUUUUGUGCGUGAUCGUGUGAAAUGAUCGCUCAUCACCCGCUGCUAGGUGAAAAUGUGAACGCAAUCUCUUGUGGAUAACUUUUUUCUUUCGCACUUGAUCGGUGAAUGUGUUUCCAUUGUUAUAUGUAUUUAUUCCUGUAUGAUUUCAAAUUAUCAAAAGAAACUGCGUAAAGAUUGACCUCUUGGGUCGUCAGGAAUCGAGAAACUUGUUUGAAAAGCUGGUUUAGUUUUUUUGUUUUUAACACGUAAUUUCGGAAUUUCGCCUGGAAAUGUGGAAGUGUCACAAGUGCGGAAAACCUGUAUUUUUCGCUGAGCGAAAGCAAUCCUUAGGUUACGACUGGCAUCCGGAAUGUCUGCGCUGUGAGGAAUGUGGAAAACGACUUAAUCCAGGACAGCACGCCGAACACAAAGGUGUUCCGUACUGUCACGUGCCUUGCUAUGGUGCUCUAUUUGGACCGCAGCUGUUUGGCCACGGGACGCGCGUGGAAUCGCACAAAAGCUACGGCCAGCCGGAGCUGAAGAAACAAGCUAUCGGGCGUUCGCCGACCGGCGGUUGUGCGACAGGCCCCGUGAUUCCCCGGGCCCAUCUGGAGGCCAAACUGAAGCUGUACAAUCAAUUUCCGAACAACAAAAGCCAGGAAAUUCGCAGUCGCGAAGUAAACGGACGCAUAGUGCUGGAAGGUUCGCUGAGAAUUUACUGGGGCGUCCAGGGGAUUAUUCAUCUCAAAGAGGACGAUGACCAGCGUACGGUAGUGACGGUUAGGAAGCGGAAUUCCUAUCGCUACAGCAAUCCCAGCUCGAUGGUUUCGGCUAUGCGAGAUCUGGAGGACAAAGAGAAUCUCAACCCCGACCAUCCGAGGAGCGAUCCGAUGAGUUCCAGCCUGACGGAGGCAGGAGAUGGCAACGAUACCACGACGAUAUCGGAGAGUCUGUCCUAUGACACGCUUAGCAUUUCAUCGGAUCUAACCUCAAUUGGCUCCUCGAAGCCCAAUUCGGGGGAAAACUCAAAAGAAGUAUCACCCAGUCAUGCUCAAAAUGGGACCAAGUUCGUAACGCUGCCUCCAAAGCUGGACGUCAAGCAGGAAUGGGACGAACUGGACGAUCUGCUGCAAAUCGAACGAAAAACCGAUGAAACAGAAAAACUCUAUCGAACCAUGCCCUCUCCGUUGCCAUCAUCGACUGCUGCCGAUUGUGACGGAGAUAAUUCUCAUCGAAGCGAUCCGGCAUCGGACAGCGUUACCGAUACGGACUAUAAGACGCUCACUCCUCAGCUGGCCACCGAGUCCGAAUCAUCCUCGUCAACCGUAACGGAUAGCAACACAACAACCACAAACGGGGACGAGGAAUUCAAAACCCCUCAGGGAACGCUGCGUUCGCACGAUUUCGAAGCAUUCAAGAUGCAAAUCAGCCAGGAGUUCAUCAACGGAGCAGCAAAUCUGGGAACAACCGAUGGCACCCUUAAACUCAACCAACCCAUUGACCCGGCUAGGAUAAAUGAUUCGCUGAAACUCUACAACGAAUCGGUGAUGAACCGGAGUCUGUCCGAUGAGCAGUGUCGAAAUGUAUUUUCGCUCCCGCAGGGCAACAUAACCGACUCAUUCCACGUUGUUAAUGAUGACACGUUGAAGCCUUUGGGUGGAAAGCUUUCCAACGGCGGAGGACCGACGACUGCGAAUGGGCAACGGACGUCGAACAUUGCCUACCAACGUCACCAGUCCGAUUCCGGAUCGGUAACGUCGCCUGCUACGGACACGGACAGUUGGACCGGUGAUCGCGGGUUGUUGCGCUCGAAAUCCCACGGUAAUAACUAUUCCGGCAAUAGUUUUAUGGACAGUGACGACGAAGCAACGGAAACGUUGAAACCUUCGAACCGACCACAAACUUCGAUUCGAAUUAAGAUGGAUUGUUACGAUGACAAACCACCGGUGGAGAAUGGAGACGUUGUGAGUCCAACUACGGAUGAAAGUUUGACGACGGUUAGUAUGUCGUCGCCGACGACGACGACGGUGACCACGACGGAAGAUGGGGUGGUGCUGCGGAAGCCACCGAAAACUGGUUCGACGGCUAUUAAGCGUCGCUCCGGUAAUCGACGAUCGCGAACCAAGCUAAAGCGUAGAUGUUCCAUCAAUGGGCACUACUACAAUCGGGAGACGUCGUUUUUCACGCCACCUCACGGCUCGCAGAUGAACGUUUGGGUAACGUCGACGCUCAAUACUCAGGGGGUGAUCACCCUUCUAUUGGAAAAGUACAAGGUCGAGAGCCGGGCGGAAAAUUUUGCGCUGUUUGUUGUGAAAGACAACGGUGAACAGAAGAAGUUGAAGGAGGACGACUAUCCGCUGGUGGCGCGGGUGAUUCUUGGACCACACGAAGAUAUUGCCAAGCUGUUCCUUAUGGAUGGCCAGCAAACGCCGGAAAUUAGUAGUGAAGUGGCUCAGUUUUUGAACCUCUCCAUCCCGGAGUGCCGAGCAAUACUCGAACGCUAUCACGAGGAAGAACAGCGGGAACUGUUCCGAAUAAGAACGAAAUAUGCGGAACUCAAGCGAAGAAUCGUUCAGCGAAUGGAAUCGCUGAAGGUAAGGCUGUAAACCGUUGUGACUAGCGCUGAAGAAACCUACUCGAAUUGUAGAUUGAAUUAAACCAGUAGACGGUCGACGUAAACUUUUUGGUAUGAAGAAGAAAUAUGUGGUAAAAAAAUCUAAUCAUAUAAUUUAUUUAGUACGAUUUUAGUGCUUAAAAUAAGCCGAAAAUAAUCAAUUAUUUAACCACAAAAAUCUAUUACUGAUACUAAUAUAUAUCGUAUUUAGCGGUUUUUCCUCCCUCAAACAAUCAAUCAACUGUUUAUUGUUUAUGCAUAAACAAGUAGCCAUUAUUUGAUUCUGUUUUUGUGUUCCUCAAGUUUAGUGAAUAGUUGUAACCCUGCAGUUGGUUAAACUUAUAUCGAAUGUUAUCAUUAGUACGCAAUAGACAAAAAAGUCGGUCUAGAAAUAAUUUCCAAAAUUCGAAUCAUAUCAUUUGUUGGGAAUUGCUUAUCAAAAAACUAAACUGUAAGUCAAUCAGAAGAACGCACAACGCCAACUUCCAACCAGUAUGUAUAUCGUAACGGUAAAGCUCAGUUUUUUCUAUUCCUUUCGAUUUUAUACACGAAUAAAACAACAAACCUUUAGACACUUUAGAGCUUGUUUCUCUUAUCAAACUGUGAAGCAUUGUGAAGACACGUUAAACCCGUGCUUACAAUCGUGUCAGACUGAACGAAAGCAAGGUUGAGCAAACAAAUAAAUUUGCUUUGUAACAGAAACUGCCAAACCGCCGUGGUUGCAAGCCACAUACCCAAAUUCGGUUUGCAAUCUUCUGUAAUAAAUAAUCGACAAAAUUAAAAUGUCACGCCUGGUAAACACUUGGGGUUGAAUCGAAUACGAAUACGAAAAAGUAAAACGGAAUAAUGAACAACAAUCAGGGGGAAAACAUGAUAGAUUAUCACAGCAGCAGUUAGUGCAGUAGUGCUUGCUGAUCCUUAUGUUGCAAUAAUUUUGGCGCCCAAAAGUUGUGUAAUAAAUACUAGCGAACAA